CUCUGCGUUACUUGCACCAACAUGUCAGACGAGGACACAGUUAUCCACGACGUCCUCAUCAUCGGUACUGGGCCUUGUGGUCUCGCCGUUACUGCACGCCUUUGUGAGCCCUUCCCAUCAGCACUCUUCACCGAGAACGAGCACAGAAGAUUUCAUAUCCUUCGAUCGUCUACUCAACGAAGAUCCAAGCCUACUCGCACCAGUCGGCGUUUGGACACUGGUACAGACCGAUUCGUGUCCGGACCUUGUAUUGCCAAUCAUGGAUUGGAUAUCAAAGUUCUCGACGCUAAUGGAGAUUCGUGGAUGAGUGCUUGGAAUGAGAAAUUCAAAGCAUUGGAUAUUAGUCAUUUGAGGAGUCCGAUAGAGGAUGAGUUGAAGGAGAUCCAGGGUGUUGUGGGCAAAGAGCUGAGUAAGCAUCACAGGAAGAAGAAGAAGCAAAGAGAAGGGAAACGAACUCAAGAAGCGACUUAUAUUGACGAGCGGAAUCGACAAGACUAUUUCCGUCCAAGCCAGGCACUAUUUCGAGACUAUUGUCAAGAGACUGUCGAGCGAUACGGUCUUUCGGGCAUUGUCGAGAAGUCUCGAGUUUUAUUCAUUUCAUAUGAUAGAUCCACGACCCUCUUCACUGUCCAGUCCUCCACUGGCAAAAAGGAGGCACGUACUGCCAUCCUUGCCAUUGGAUCUGGUCAGGAACCUCGGAUACCCUUCGAUUCGCCCUUUCACAAUAUUCCAAACACUCCAGCCGUGCGACACAUCUUUGAUUGUUUUCCACCUAACUCUGACUCAAUUCUCCCACCUCCAGUUCUUACAGGACUUAGCCAUUCUAAGACAAUAGCUAUCAUCGGCGGCGGUCUCACCAGCGCCCAGAUUGCCCAGGUUGCCUCAUAUCAAAAUAUCUCGAAGAUUCAUCUCAUCCUUCGAGGCCCUCUCAAAACCAAGCAUUUUGAUGUAGAUCUUUGCUGGUUAGCAAAGUACAAGAAUGAAAGUAUGAGUCGAUUCUGGAAAGCGGAUGAAGACUACGAACGGUGGGAAAUGAUGAAAGAGGCCAGGGGAGGAGGAAGCCUUAAUCCAGAAUACAGAGAAAUCGUCAAAAGACUGUGGACAACCAUCCGAGAUGGGAAGUGGGAUGAGAAGCAAAGUGGAUGGAGUUUGGAGUUAUCCGACAGGAAUAAAAUUGUUCAGGAUAUCGUUGUUGACCAAGUCAUCUACGCCACUGGUGAAGCUGCUAAUAUUGGAUCUGUGGAUGCGAUUCGACCCAUUCUAGAGGAAUGUCCAAUUGAAGUUAACGAGGAAGUGCCUCUAUUCGUCACUGGCAGGCUCGGGGGAUUGAGACUUGGACCAGCAGCUGGAAAUCUCGAAGGUGCCAGACUUGGUGCUGAGUUCAUUGCUGGCAAGAUAGCGGAAAUUUCAUCGGCGUGGCGAGAUGGAGACGACAGCAACACUGGCUCUGGAGAAGAGAUCGAUAUGGGAAGGCUAGGUCUGGGCAGGUCGAACCAAUUUGAAUUACUCGAAGGCCAUACUUAGGAAGAAGAAAACAUUCGCUCAAUGCUUUAGUCUCAGCAGGAUGAGAUAAUUGUAAGAGUCCUCGAAAG